AUGGGUUGCGGGUCGUCAAGCAAAGAUGUUGUCGUUACACCUACUCUUGUCGUUUCUUCUACUUCAACAGCUGGCGCCGCGUUGCCAAACGCAAAUAUGUCAACAACAAUACCAACUGCAGAAUCUAAUAAUGACACAACUAAAAUCCUUAUUGCUCAUCAUACGACACAACAAAAUAUUAGUGAACGAUUAAAACAAGGAUUGAUUGAUCAAUCUUUGCAAUGUUAUUUAAUUAAUGAAAAUACUCCGAAUUCGCUUGAUAUACGAGCUAAACUCGUUCAAUGGUGUGACGUUUUUGUUGUUAUCAUUAGUCGACUUUAUCAGAGAACCCCGUUCUGUAUGGAAACUCUUCACUAUGCAAAAGAUGUUCGUAAAUCCGUUGUUGCUGUUCUUGCCGAACCGAAUUUUCGCCCAUACGGUGCAUUAGGUGCAAUAUCAGCAAGUGCUAUUCGAUCGAUUGUAUUAACUGACGAGCAAUCUCUUGUGCAUGUAGUCUCAGAGAUAACGACCAGUGCUCGAUCCCAGACGAAGAAAAAGUCAAGUACGAUCAAUAUAAAAGAUCUAUCGAAAAAGAAUGAAAAUGUGGUAAAUGCCAAAUUUCUAUCAGGUUCAUCAGAUGGUACUGUGCUGAUAUGUACUGCUGAUGAUGGUUUGGCGGUUGCUCAACUUGUUUUCGAUUCUUUGAUAGCAACACAACCAUCGAUUAUCGUAGAGAAUUUAUCGAAGCCUAAUGCAACGAGCAGUGUAGAGAAAUGCACAGUUUUAGUAGGAAUUCUCACUCCACAAUUAGAACAAUUAUCUCUUGGCCAAGCAGUGUUUGAAAAAGCUCGGUCUCUCAGCAAACCAAUUGUACCAGUUAUGGCAAUAAAGAAAUGGCGACCGGAAGGAUGGCUUGGUUUAGUAAUUGCAGGACGAGUCUUUUUUCGUAUAUUCGAUCAGGAAACAGCCAGUAAAGCAUUCUACGAUAGUAAUCGUUUGACAGAUUUACGUGUCGAAAUCGAAAUUGCGUGCCNGUACUCGAUGUGGACAACAGUAUGA